AUGCCGCACUCCUUCGGUUACCGCGCGCGCACGCGCGACAUGUUCAAGCGGGGCUUCAAGGAGCAUGGCCCCGUGAAGAUGUCGACGUACCUCAUCAACUACCGCAUCGGUGACAUUGUCGACAUCAAGGCCAACGCCGCUCAGCAAAAGGGCAUGCCCCACAAAUUCUACCACGGUCGCACUGGCAUUGUGUACAACGUGACGCCGCAUGCGGUCGGCGUGAUCGUGUACAAGGUCGUCGGCAACCGGUACAUCGAGAAGCGGGUCAACAUCCGGGUCGAGCACGUGAAGCACUCCAAGUGCAGGCAGGAGUUCAUCGACCGCGUCCAGCGCAACGGCAAGCUCCAUGCCGAGGCAAAGGCAAAGGGCGAGCGCGUAUCCCUCAAGCGCAUUCCCGCCCUCCCUCCCACCGCACACACCGUCUCCACCAAGGACAACUCGCCCCAGACCCUCGCACCCGUCCCGUACGAGACCACCAUCUGA